AUGAUGUCCGACCGAAAGAUAGGGUACAUUGGCUUGGGAAACAUGGGCGGCGGCAUGGCGUCGCAUCUUGUGGCAAGUGGCUAUGAUGUGACCGUGUUCGACUUGCGCGCCGAGGCUGUGCAGGCGCUCGAGGACAAGGGCGCGACCGCCGCGUCAUCACCCAAGGAUGUCGCAGAGAAGUGCGAUGUCAUCAUUUCUUCGCUGCCUACUCCGCAGAGCGUAGAGAACGCCGCAACCGGCGAAAAUGGCUUGGUGCAUGGGCUGAGCGCGGGCAAGGUCUAUAUCGACAUGAGCACCAUCGACCCGGACACCACGCGCAGGGUCGGAGCGGCAGUACGAGCGACCGGCGCCGAGAUGCUGGAUGUUCCGGUCGGCAUGGGGCCCGCGCAUGCUGCCAGAGGUCAGCUUACGCUGAUGAUUGGCGGCAAUGCCAGCGUCGUCGAAGACUGCAAGGAUGUGCUGGACACGCUCGGCGGCGAGCAGUUCUAUUGCGGCGAGCUAGGCUCAGGCGCUACUACCAAGAUUGUCAACAACCUCGUGUCAUGUUCCGUUGCUACUCUGCUUGGCGAGGCGGUUACGCUGGGCGUCGCUGCUGGGCUAGACCCGGAGCGGCUGCGCAAUGUUAUGAACAACACCGCGGCAAGCACGCUGCAUGGACGCAACUGGACUGAAGGCAAAGGUGUUCGAGCGCAACUUCGAGCCUGGCUUUAA